AUAGACUUUUAGCUUGUGAGACAAGGUACAUGUAGGACUACAUAGGACUGCAUGUAGGUAGGUGUCCUGCUUUGUGGCUUCUAAUAAGAAUUAAACAAUUCAAUCUAUCUAAGGGAACUAUUAACUAUCCUUUUGUCUUUACAUAUCUACGUUAUAUAGUUAUAUACGUAACACAUUACAUCUCCAUCAUGACCAAAGCUGCAACACUUCCUAUCAUCGACAUCUCAGCCAAAGGCGUAGACCAGGCCCAAGUCGCCAAGGAGUUAGUAGACGCCGCAAUUGACUAUGGCUUUGUCUAUAUCAAGAGUCAAGACAUUUUGGCCGAGCAGAUAGACAAUGCUUUCAACUUGUCGCGCAUCUUAUUCGACUCGCCUCUUGAGGACAAGCAGAGAUGCAAGAUCGAAAAAAAUAAUCAGGGGUGGUCUGGCAUGCAUACCGAGACUUUGGACCCCAAAACUCAGAGAGUAGGAGACUUUAAAGAGGGCUUCAACUUCGGCCCCUUUGCCAACAGCAAGGCCACACAACCUAUCCCGCAGAGCAUCGAGCCGCAUCAAGCAGAGCUCGCUGCUUUCCGGGAUGCAUGUCACGAGCUGUGCCGGAAGCUACUCUUACUCUUCGGCAUCGGACUAGGAGUCAACCCCCCAGAGUUCUUCUCCGCCGCGCACAACCCCGUCCUGUCGUCGGGCUCUAUCCUGCGGUUCUUAUACUACCCGCCGCCUAGUAGAACACCCGAGGCGCACCCCGAUGACGUGCGCGCGGGUGCGCACUCGGACUACGGGUCUAUCACCCUUCUGUUCAGACUGCGCGGCCAAGCUGGUCUCGAGAUCCUCGAGCCUCGCACCGGCCGCUGGGCCCCUGUUCCCGUUGACCCGCCUAAUAGCAGCAAGGACGAGGGUGCUGCUGCGCCGCCGCCUAUUCUCGUCAACAUCGGCGAUCUGCUCUCGUACUGGACUAACGGGUUGCUCCGCAGUACUGUCCACCGCGUCGCCUUCCCCUCAGCACCAGACGCCCUAGCGGCCGGUGAGUCUACCGCCGAUCCGCGGUACUCAGUCGUCUACUUCUGCCAUCCGGCUAAUGACACGCUGCUGACGCCCGUUCCAAGCGAGCGCGUCAAGGCGGCAAGCGAAAAUGAGAAUGAUACUGCCCGGAACCAGGGCUUAGAUAGCAAUAGUAAGAAGGUCCUGACGGCGGACGAACAUCUACAGAUGCGACUACAGGCGACGUAUUUGCAGAUGUACGGCAAGGACGGGGGGAAGGGACAAUGAAAGUUAGUGAACAGGUGUCAUAGGAGAGCCUAGGAGAGUUCCUAUUUACGUGUAGAGCAUCUAUGCAUGGGGCAAGGUUUUAAAUACCCGACUUCUAUCCGUCCUGGUUUCCGUCCUGGUUCAUAGUCGCAUUCUCCCGUAGCCUUGGAGGUCAGGAUCGGUCGGAAGGCUAUCUAUCACCAGCGUCUCGAUCUAAAAAAAACAAGAAAUUUCGUUGAUCCUACACGGCUUGUCUUUUGAGCUACUCCCAAGAAAAUAGAACGGUUAUAAAUAAUUUAGUUAGCUAGGUAGGUACCUAGGUAGUCUUCGACGCGAAUAUCAUGCCUUUAUUACCUACCUAUCUAUAACUUACUUUGCCUCCUGCCAAGUAAUCGUUUCGGUCCGUAGAUGAGCUAACAGGUAUCUACCUAUAUAU